AUGUGGGUUUUUGUUGAUUGUGGAUUCAACGAUAUAGAUGAUGCAUCAAAUCCGGAUAAUGAUGGUGAUGAUGACAAUGAACAUCAUUAUAAGCCUAAUGAGGGUUAUCUAUUUGAGGAUCAUUGGUUUCAUGAUGAUACCGUUCAAGAAGAUGUUGAGAAAGAAAUAUCUCCAGCAGAUACUGAUAUGCCCAGCCAUCCUGACAUUGUCUUUGUGGAGGUGCCUAAAAACAUCGGAUCAAAUUCUAUAGUUCCAUGUGUUGGGAGCAAUACCAUUAGUAAUUGCUCCACCGAUUACAAGAUUACAAUUGGGAACAGUCUGCGACUGGCGUAUGAGCGCCUUAAGAGUCAAGGAAUCACCAUUAUUCGAAGUACGGAGGUCAUAGGCAAGCAUCAGGGAAGGCCAAAAGACAUAAUACAAGAUGUGCGGACAAAAUUUGGUGUCAAUAUUUCCAACGAUAAAGCAUGGAGGUUUAGGGAGCAUGCUUUAGAAUCAAUACGAGGAUCUCCAGAGUUAUCUUUUGCCUAUCUACCACAUUAUUGUGCGGAGCUAGAGAAGAACAACCACGGAACUAUCACUCAUAUAGAGUCGGACAAGGAGAACAUGUUUAAAUAUUUUUUCCUAGCUCUUGGUCCGUCCUUGUGUGGUUUUAGAUCUUCGAUGAGACGUGCCAUCGUUGUUGACGGUACCCAUCUAAAGGGAAAGUAUCUAGGCACACUUUUUAUUGCAUCUGCUUUGGAUGGUAACAAUCACAUUUAUCCUAUUGUUUUUGAUGUUGGAGAUUCGGAGAAUAACGAAUCUUGGAUAUGGUUCUUCGAGAAAUUACAACAGGCAAUCUCACUUGAUGACUUCUCUGAAUUGGCUAUAAUUUCAGAUGGGCAUCAGAGUAUUGAAAGGGCAUCGACCUUAGUUUUUCCAAAAUCAUACCAUGGUCACUGCAUAUUCCACAUCAAACAGAACAUGAAGGCAAAGAAAUUCGAUCCUAUAAUGUUUCCAAUUUAUUUCAAGGCAGCGAAGGCAUAUCGUGUUUUCGAAUUUGAGGUCCUAAUGACACAGUUGAGCUUAAUUGAUCCCCGUGCACAGAGUUAUCUACUUGAGGCUGGUUUUGCUAAAUGGUCUCGUGCAUAUUUUCCUGGUCGGAGGUACAAUAUACUAACUACAAACAUUGCAAAGAGUAUGAAUGUUGUUCUUAGAGAAGCCCGCCACCUUCCUAUAACAAUGUUGGUUGAGCACUCGAGGGAUUUGCUUCAGAGAUGGUUUUAUGAGCGACGUACCGAAGCAGCAUCUCUAAAUUCUAUACUCUGCAAGGAGGUACACAAACAUAUACGGAAGCGGAUUGAUAGGUCUCGUAGGAUGGAUGUUACACCAAUAUCACAUAUUGAAUAUUACGUUCGUGAUGGAUGUGGUAAUGGUGAGGUUAACUUGCAUAAUAGAUCGUGUUCUUGCAAGAAGUUUGAUUUGCAGCAACUACGGUGUGUACAUGCAUUGGCUGCUUGUGCCGAUAGAGAAAUCGCGUACAUUCUUUGUGCUCAAGAUAUUAUACCAAUGAAGCUAUUUUGGUAG